UCAUGUACACAAGGGAAUGUAAACUCUGUUCUUAGAUCACGAAACAAAGCAUCAAUAUCCAAUACUGAUGCUGUAUGAGGCCGUGUGAGACAGUUAUUACUGCAUGAUUAAGUUUACUGAGUUGCACAGUGAUACAAAUAAUAGUUUCCUGAGCUGCAGAAGUAUUACAUCUCAUUUGUUGCUAUUUUUAAAAUGAUAACAAGAACUGGAGAUCAGAGUGAGUCAUUCCAGACAUGUGGCAGUGCUUAGGCAGAGGAUUAAGGAGGUUCUAUCACUGUCUGCAGAGCUGUCUGUACAAGAAGACAAUGAUUUGGCUUUGAUUUCCACCCUGCCCUGAUCUUUACUUUUGAGUUUUGCUUUGUCAUAUAUAGAUGAUCUCACUUGUCUUCCAGAAAAUUCUCUUAAGCCAGGAGCAGAAUUUGGAUGAAGCGAUCUGCCUAAGUUGCCGUCAUGAGCAGAAGCAAGCGUGACAACAAUUUCUACAGUGUUGAAAUUGGAGAUUCUACAUUUACUGUAUUGAAACGGUAUCAAAACUUAAAACCGAUAGGAUCAGGAGCACAAGGAAUAGUAUGUGCAGCCUAUGAUGCCAUCCUUGAGCGAAACGUUGCAAUCAAGAAACUAAGCCGACCAUUUCAGAAUCAAACCCACGCUAAAAGAGCUUACAGGGAGCUUGUUCUUAUGAAGUGUGUUAAUCACAAAAAUAUAAUCGGCUUACUGAAUGUGUUCACACCACAGAAAUCCCUAGAAGAAUUUCAAGAUGUCUACAUAGUAAUGGAGCUCAUGGAUGCAAAUCUCUGCCAAGUAAUUCAGAUGGAGCUAGACCAUGAACGAAUGUCCUAUCUGCUUUAUCAGAUGCUGUGUGGUAUCAAACAUCUUCACUCAGCUGGAAUUAUACAUAGGGACUUAAAGCCCAGUAAUAUAGUAGUAAAGUCAGACUGCACUUUGAAGAUUCUUGACUUUGGACUGGCCAGAACUGCAGGAACUAGUUUUAUGAUGACGCCUUAUGUAGUGACUCGUUACUACAGAGCACCAGAGGUCAUCCUAGGGAUGGGAUACAAAGAAAACGUUGACAUUUGGUCAGUUGGGUGCAUCAUGGGAGAAAUGAUCAAAGGUGGUGUUUUAUUUCCUGGUACAGAUCAUAUUGAUCAAUGGAAUAAAGUUAUAGAGCAGCUAGGAACACCGUGCCCCGAAUUUAUGAAGAAAUUACAGCCCACAGUUCGAACUUACGUGGAGAACAGACCCAAGUAUGCUGGAUAUAGCUUUGAGAAGCUUUUUCCAGAUGUCCUUUUCCCAGCUGAUUCUGAACACAACAAACUUAAAGCAAGUCAAGCAAGGGAUUUGUUAUCAAAAAUGCUGGUUAUAGACGCCUCAAAAAGAAUUUCUGUGGAUGAAGCCCUCCAGCACCCAUACAUCAAUGUUUGGUAUGAUCCGUCAGAAGCCGAAGCUCCCCCACCAAAGAUACCAGAUAAGCAGUUAGAUGAGAGGGAGCACACAAUAGAAGAAUGGAAAGAAUUGAUAUACAAGGAAGUCAUGGACCUGGAGGAAAGAACCAAGAAUGGGGUUAUACGUGGGCAGCCAGCCCCUUUAGGUGCAGCAAUGAUCAAUGGCUCUCAGCAUCCAUCUUCGUCGUCAUCUGUCAAUGAUGUGUCUUCAAUGUCAACAGAUCCAACAUUGGCCUCUGAUACAGACAGCAGUCUAGAAACCUCAGCUGGACCUCUGGGUUGCUGUAGAUGACUACUUGGUCUUUUGGGGGGUGGGAGGGGGUUCCUUUUAGUCAUUAAUAGGGCACCUUUAAAAUUUGGUGGUAUUUUUGAGUGUUUUUUCAAAAAUAAUCAUAGAAUUCAUCAUAAAGUGCUGUAAUUUUAAACUGUAAGUUGUGUUAAAAGCAGCCACUUUUUUUGCUGUAAUUAACUGUAAAAUAUUAAACCUGAUAAUUUUUAUUGUGGUUUUAAAAUCUGCAUAUUUGCUUUACUAUUAUGCUGCUGAUCUUUUUUUUACUGAAUUUGUAAGAUUUGUUUUAUCAAAGCACAUAUUAAUGUUGUGGUCAUUACCAUAUCAUGUAUUAUUUAAGAUUUUAUAGGUUUUCAAUUUUUUUAAAUUUAGAAUUUAUUCCAGAUGUUUUGUUCAUGAUAUCCUUCGAAGUUUUAUGCUUGGUCAUAUGUCCAUAUUGAGGGGGAGAGAGAGAUGGGUGCAUCCAGCUGUAGGCUUUUUGGAGCGUGCUGCUAUGGUGCUGACAGUGAAUAAUAUGCUCUUUCAUUUUGGCCACUUGCCUUUAAUACUUGAGUAAAAGCAACAAUUACUGAAUUUUGUUAGAGAAACAGUAUACAGUCCUUUGUAAAGUAAUUUCAUUUGAAUGGUUUUAUGAUCUUAAGAAAGCAAAGCCUACCUUAAAAGCUGCAGAAGCAUCUAGCCUAACGAAGAGAUGUGAUGUCUUCUGCACGACUGUGGCAUGCCAAAUCUCAUGAUCACCAUAAAACAAGAGGAUACUUCAUGAAUAAUACAUUACAAUGCAAAUAAACUGUUUACUUCUA